CCGAGAGCACCCGAGCAGCCUCAGUCCGGAGAGGCCCUUGGAUCGGGGAUGAUGGAACCAGGUAGCUCGGCCAGCGCGCGCAAGGGCGGCCAGAAGCCGUUCCUCUCCUUCCUUUUCCUCCACCAGCUGCUGCUCCAGAUGUUGCAGCUGCCGAGCUCCUGCGCCUGGACCACAAGGCAGCCCCACAUUGUCUUCGUGCUCGCUGACGACCUGGGCUGGAACGACGUGGGCUACCACGACUCCAACAUCUUUACCCCGCACUUGGACGCUCUGGCGGCCGGCGGGGUCCGGCUGGAAAACUACUACACACAGCCCCUGUGCACGCCGUCCCGGAGCCAGCUCCUGACAGGCCGCUACCAGAUCCAUACAGGUUUACAGCAUCAGAUAAUCUGGCCCUGCCAACCCAGUUGCUUACCCCUCGAUGAAAAGCUGCUGCCCGAACUUCUCCAGGAGGCUGGCUACGUCACCCACAUGGUUGGAAAGUGGCAUCUGGGCAUGUUCCGAAAAGAAUGUCUUCCAACACGCAGGGGAUUCGAUACCUUCUUUGGGUAUCUCUUAGGUAGUGAAGAUUACUACUCCCAUAAACACUGUGUACACAUUGAUGCCCUGAAUGUCACCCGGUGCGCUCUUGAUUUUAGAGAUGGAGAAGAUGUUGCAGAAGGAUACAACAAUACAUAUUCAACAAAUAUAUUUACAGAAAAGGCUAUAGACCUUAUUGCUAAACAUCCAGCUCAAAAGCCUCUGUUUCUCUACCUCGCCCUACAGUCUGUCCAUGAGCCCCUUCAGGUCCCUGAGGAAUAUCAGCAGCUAUAUGACUUUAUCCAAGACAAGAAGAGGCGUUCUUAUGCAGGAAUGGUGACCCUUAUGGAUGAAGCUGUGGGAAAUGUCACAAGAGCUCUGAACAAGUAUGGGCUCUGGAAUGACACAGUAUUCAUCUUCUCCACAGACAAUGGUGGACAGACUUUGGCAGGGGGCAACAACUGGCCACUCAGAGGAAGAAAAUGGACACUGUGGGAAGGUGGAAUUCGAGGUGUGGGCUUUGUAGCCAGCCCCUUACUGAAACAGACAGGAGUGCAAAGCAGGGAACUCAUCCACAUUUCUGACUGGCUGCCUACUCUAGUCAACCUUGCUGGCGGACAUACAAAUAGCACAAAGCCACUUGAUGGCUUUGAUGUGUGGAAGACUAUCAGUGAAGGAAACCCUUCCCCCCGAAUGGAGUUGCUGCAUAACAUCGACCCGGGCUUUGUAGACAUAUCGCCAUGUCCAGAAAGCACUAGGCCUCCCUCCAAGAGUGAUUCCUUUUCUACAACACAUUCUACCUUCAAUGUUUCUAUCCAUGCAGCAAUUCGAUAUGGAAACUGGAAACUACUGACUGGCUACCCAGGCUGUGAUUAUUGGUUUCCACCUCCAUCAUUAUCCAAUAUCACAAAGCAACCAUCACCUGACUCACCAAACAAAAACCUCUGGCUUUUUGAUAUACAACAAGACCCUGAAGAGAGAUAUGACCUAUCCAGUAAACAUCCUAGUAUCGUUAAGAAGCUUCUGGACCGGCUCCAAUAUUACCAGAAGAGCUCUGUACCAGUAUUCUAUCCUGACGAAGAUCCCCACUGUGAUCCCAAAGCAACUGGAGUUUGGGGACCAUGGAUGUAGCAUGCUAAUCAGCUCUCAGACUGGAAGAUUGCCUCUCAGAUUGAGGUUGCAGCCUCAGGAGUCCAGAGUCAUGUGAUUUUCAUCCCAUUUGUUCUGUCCUAAUUCAAGGAGUUUCAUUGACCCUUCUCAGUUCUUAAAUAUAAUGUGGGGUCCCUGAUUCCAACCUCAAGUGCAUCUAAGAAACAGAUAUAUUAAGGAAUAUAAACUCUUGCAUUUCUUUGACUGGGAGAGAUUAUAAAAGCAAGGGUUCAUUCCCUCUUUCCUGAGCUUCAGGACAAUUAAGAAACUUUACUUCAGAUAAGAAGUUCUAAUUGAGUCCCUCAGUCAGGGAUCAGUCUGCUAAAUUCACCCAGCAAGUCAGAUGCUAGAUUUUGCUUUUGCCAAAAGCUAGAUUUUAUUGCAGAGUGACUCACAUUUCAUGCAAUAAAUGAAAGGAGCAGAUAAUUGUUCACAGAUAACAUUGGCAAAAAUCUAUCUCUCAGUUUCUCUCUCUCCCUUUCCCUCCCCUAAUUCUUUUCUCUUGUUUUCCCUCCUCAACCCUAAUUUGCUAUUUUCUCCUCCUCCUUCCUUUCUUUCCCUCCAUGCCUUUCUCUUUCUCUCCUACCCUUCUCAUAGUGUCUAGCAGUUUCCACCAAAAUACUUUUUUUUAUCUUUCUCCCCUACCCAUCUUAUGCUGUAAGAACACUGUCUAUUAAUUGUGAUAACUCAUUGCAUUAUUUAUAUAUGAGCUAUAAGUGGAUCAUAGCCCGUUUCUCUGAUUCUUUUGGGGUGGAUGAUUUUCCCAAUCCUUGCUUAUUCUUCUAGGAUUUCUUGCUACUUCAUAUGGAUCCUUCUUCCUACCCAUAAUUUCCUUAUCUUUAAAUUGGAGGGUUAUAUAGCCUCUAAACUGUUAAAUCUAUAAUCCUAUCUAUCUAUCCAUUAACAGGGUGGUAGGAGUUCUCCUUUUGGAUAGACUGUUACCCUGUAUCCUAAACAGCAGAAAGAUUUUUUUUCAGUAGUGUAUUACUUUUCCAAAUACAGAUAGUUUUCAAUAUUCAUUUUUGUAAGAUUUUGUUUUCCAAAUUUUUCUCCCUCAUCCCCUUAUGUCUUCCCUCCCCAAGACAGUAAGCAAUCAGAUAUAGAUUAAAUAUGUACAAUUCUUUUAAACAUAUUUCCAUAUUUGUCAUAUUGUGCAAAAAAAAAAAAAACCAGACCAAAAGGGAAAAAAAAUAAGAAAAAAAUAAACAAAAAGGUGAAAAUACUACACUUUAAUCCACAUUCUCCAUAUUUUUUUCUGGAUCUGAUUGACAUUUCCAUCCUAAAUUUUUUGGAAUUGCCUUGAAUCUUCACAUUGCUGAGAAGAGCCAAGUCCAUCACAACUGAUCAUCACAUAAUCUUGUUACUGUGUACAAUGUUUUCUGGUUCCAGCAGAAAGAUUUUCAAGCAGUGCUAAUCACUUUAUCCCUUUCCCCACCAUGAUCAUAUUUCUGUGGCAUGAAACACAGUAUUAUUGAAUUUUACUGACACUACCACCUGUAGUCCCAGACAGUGGACAAGCUUGGCUCUGGAUUGUUUUUAUUUAGCUCCAUUUUUGUCAUAAACAGAAAGGGUUUAAAACAAUAAUGACCACUUUCCAACUGGGUCAUCGACUUAAUAAGUUUUUCUAAGUCAGCUCCCUAUGGAUACAAACUAGAUUCUAGCACCCAUUAUUGUUGAGGUUCAUAUUCUGGUAAGGGUGGCCAUACUAGCACUUGAGAAUUGGUUCCAGUUCCAGAAAUACAAGGGAUCUGGGAGCUGGGAGCUGGGAUUAUGGAGAUGGCUGAUUUCAGAAAGCCCUGGUCAGUGCUGAUGGCCAAGGCUUGGAUAAACCAAAGGAAUGGUGAAUCUACAUGCUUCUCUAAUCUCAUGCUUGUAACCAGAGUCUAUGAGUGAGAAAGGAAAGGAAGCAUCAUACUUCAACAUUUAACUGCUGUUCUGCCUGCCUGGGUCACUGUGGUUGCAUUUUCAAGGCCCAGAAACAUCUUCAGAAAACAUUUCUAACUUUUUCUUGACAUUUCUUUAACGAAUGAAGAUGAUGUGAGGUCAACAGCCUAAAUUUAAAAUCAAAAACUUGAUGAAAAUGACCUACAUGCUCAGAGGAUGCUUUUCCAGGGUUGAAGCUGUUACUUAAAUUUCAAUGAAGUAUCUCAUCGUUCAAUAGCCAGGUUAUUAUGUCCCUCCUACAAGUUUAAAAAGGUAGGGGAGAUAAAGAUGGAAAAUCUCAAUGUCUUCCUCCUUGCCAAGUUCUUAUUACUCACCAACUUAUUGCUACCCUCCUAUCAGGAAGGUAAGAGAUUUAUACUGAGGAACAAGAAGGCAAUAGCUGCUACCAAGAACCCCAAGAAGAGUACCCACUCCUCUCCCACUCAGAGGUGCCUCUAGCACAGGCUUCUGAACAGGUAUCCGACUGGCCUGUUAUACUGUGCUUUAUGGGAAGAAUAGGAAGAAGUCUCAUCUUCUUUGUGGCAGUGUACCUCUAGGGAUUCUGGGGGUCUCAGUAUUUGUGUGUUCCAGGGGGAUGUCUGAUGUGUCAGGCUUUUCAAUGAAUGCUUUCAGGUCUCGAGCACAGAAUACAUCAAAAAACUGGGCAACAUAGUGUUAUGAGGUCCAUAUCAGAGAACUUCUUGACAACAGUUUCUGAGUUCUUCUCACUUCUCUCAUAUAUACCUAUAUCCUGACACACCCUUUGUCCACCAAGAAAAAAAGCCAUCCAUCACAUUUUUACCACUUUGUCUAUUUCUGCAGAAGGGAAUAGAAAUUGAAAUAUAAAAAAUUAAAUUUCAUGAAAACCACUGGAUAGCUUUAUAUUCAAGGCACUAUUUUCUGGUGAUAUUAAUGCUUAUUCUGUCAAAAUUCCCUGGAAGGAAAAGGAUUUAUAGCCCAUUACCAUCUUUCACCCCAGAUUGUGGGUUUUUUUAAACCUAGUUUCUUUAUUGCCAUUUAGAAUUUCAACGUCAUAAACAAAAAGAUAUUUAGGAGGAAAUGUGGUUUAUCUGGCAGAUGGUAAGUUUAUGUAAAUAAACUGGCUUAUGGUAUUUAGGUUAAGGCUAAGAAGGCCCAUUGGUGUUAGCUAGUGGCCUUUAGUUUCACCAGGUAGAAGUGUGCAAAUUUCCUUAAUAAAUAGAAGCAGAGAUAUCUCCCCAGAGUAGCUUUUAUAGGAAAAACCUCAUUUUUAAUCCCAUGGGACUCUGUCAUUUAUUAAUCAUGUAAUCAUAGAUAAAUCACUCUCAGUUUUUUCACUUUAAUUGAGAACAAUGACCCAACUUGCCUACCUCAAAGGAUUGUUGUAAGAAUUCAGUCAAUCAGCCAGUACAUUUAUGGAGUACCUAUUAUGUGCCAAGAACAAUGCUAGGUGCUGGGAAUAAAAAUAAAAAGAAUGAAACAGUUUCUAUUCUCAAGAAGCAUGCAUCCACUGGGAAGAGAACACACACACACACACACACACAUAUGUAACAUCUGUAAAUACAGAAUAAAUGAGAUGAUGUAUGUGAAUGUGCUUCAUAUACUAUGUAAAAUGAUCUACAAAUGCAAAUCACCAUGAUUUGGGCCUUAGAUCUUUAGCCAUAAUGAAUACUUAGAUAAUCUUAAGAUGCAUAAGAAUUAUGAAUGAAUAUGAAAGUAUUGACUACAAAUACUAAUAUUGUUUUCUUAUGAAAUUGUUCACUUUUGAGAAAUAUGAUUUGUUGGAAUGUUUUAUUUAUCAAAUAUGUGGAUUUACCUGGUUUGAGAGCAAAAUAAAGUGAAUUAUCUUUUUAAAUGUAAAAUCUCUGUAUGAGGUUAUCUAUAUACACACAUACACAAAUACAGACAUUUGUAGAUGUGGUUCAUGGAUACAUAGCAUGGAUAUGUCAGAUCUUACAUCUACAGAAAGUAGGAAAAAAACUGUUUCUAUCCCACCAUCAUGCUAGCUAGUGAUAGGUAGAGUCAAGGAUCAUCAAAGGUUGCAAUAUCUUCAAGAGAGACUAGAAUUAAAUCUAUUUCUGAUAUGCUACAUUCAAAUAUUUCUAAGGCUGCUUAAAUCUAAGGUCUAGAUUUAAUCUAGAUUUAAUCUUACAUUAAGGGUCCAGAACAAAAGCGGAUUACUUGAUCUCUUUCAAGCUGAGGGGAUGGUUAUGUUUAACUUACACUUACCAGGUUCUCAUCAAAUGCCAGUUACAGAGAAGAACACAAAUAGAUAAAACCAUUUAUCUAAGCAAAACAAUAACCAGAAAUUGGAGAAGUUCUACAAAUUAGAUUAUACCCAAGAAUACACAAGAGUAAAUGAACUCUUCAGCUAGGUAUUAUAUAAAUCUCAGUUCAAACCAGGAGAGAGUGAGAAUGAUCUCACCCAUCAAUCUCAACAAUCUCUAAAAUUGCAAGCUGUAGAGAGAAAAGAAUGUGAUGUGACCAGCUCCUAUAUAUGUCCCUGUCUCCAAGAGUUUAAGUCUGCCAUUCAGAAGUCUUUCUCUUCUAAUUUUCUGAAACUUCUCUUUCCACAUGUAUCUCCUAUGUCUCUGGAAGUCCCUACAGCAAAAUAAAAUACAUUCCUUACAAAGAUAAACAACAUUGUACUAAAUGUUGUCAACCAAUCCAUAGUCAUAUAUGCAGCAUGAAUCAUUGGGCUUUCUCUUUAUAAAAUUCCCUUAGGCUUGGGCAGAAACAGCAUUGCAUAAAACUUUAUGACUCUGACCUGAAAAUAUGAUCUGUAAAACUGAGAUGGUAAAUAUUGGAGGGGGAGAAAAAAUAAAGGGAAAAGUUGAGAUUGAAAGAAAAAAGCAAUAUAACCUAAGGAAUGUUCUUUAUUUUGUUGCAGAGACAUCAAGAGGUAUAAGAGAUAUUUAUAUAUGUACAUAUCUGUAUAUUUUAUAUAGAGAAAUGUUUAUUAACAUUUAGAGCUAACUAUAACUAGAAUGGACUGCCUCGGGAGUUCUAUCAUUGAAAGUUUUUCAGAAAAAAAUGAAUGACCAAAUUUGGGGAAUUUUGUGGUAUUACAUAGUAGAUGGAGCACUGGGAUAAGAGUCAGGAGAACCAAGUUUAAAAUCUCUUUUUGAUUACUUACAAAUUCAGUGGCUAUGGUCAGUUUAAAUUCGGUAGCCCUUGUUUCCAAAUCAAUAAAAUGGGAACAUGUUAUUUGUUAUAUCUAUAUGAUAGAAUUAUAAGGAAAGCCCUUUGUCCAACUUAAAUGAAAUCCCUUCCAAUUCUCUGAUUUAGUGAUUCUGAAUAUUGAAAUUUAUUGGGCUGGCAUAUCAGAAAGAAUGCUGAAAUAUCUGUCAAGAUAACAGUUUUCAGUUUGAGCUCUGUUAUUAAUUAUCUGCAUGAUCUUGGAUGAAUCAUCUAACUCCUCUGAGCUUAAA